AUGUCGCGAACUUUGCCAAAGAAAUUCAACCCGCUCAUCCUCACCGAGGUGUCUCCUUCUUACGAGGAGCUCCUUGCGCGCCGCCGUCUUGGAAAGACACACCUUUCCGUUCGUCCUGCUCAGAUCGGUACCUCAAAUGCUACCAAGCCCGAGAACCUGGGUGUCUUCGAAUAUGCCCACCUGCGCGCUCCUUUGCCCAAAGAUCUGAAGGGCUCUGAGAUUUUCCCAUCCCACACCGCUCAGCAGCACCCCGAGACCUACUUUUUGAUGCGUCGUAGCAAGGACGGAUUCGUCAGUGCCACUGGAAUGUUUAAGAUCGCAUUCCCCUGGGCCAAGGCCGACGAGGAGAAAGUUGAGCGCGAUUAUCUGAAGGCCCGCGAAUACACCAGCGAGGAGGAAGUCGCUGGCAACGUGUGGAUCUCUCCCACAUUUGCCCUUGAGCUCUCCAAGGAAUACAAGAUGUACGACUGGGUCCGCGCCCUUUUGGACCCCACCGAUAUUGUUCAGAGCCCGUCCAGCGCAAAGAAGCAGAUCACUCCCCCGCCCAAAUUCGAAAUCCCAGAAGAUGAGCCUGAAAUGCCCCAACGCCGUCGCGGCCGCUCCGCCUCUCCCAGCAAGCAGUCCCCUCGCAAGUCCCGCACGACUCGCGUCGGAAAGGAUGUCAUGGGCACUCCUUCUACAAAUGCUGCCAACGCCAGCCUCCACUCUGCUCUGGAGAUCACAGCAAGUGGCAUGGACACUGAAGCUGUCCCAGAACUGGCACCCGCGCAGGGCGAAACACAAGUGAAGUCCGCUGGAUCUCCGUCGAAGAAGCCGAGGAGCAAGAAGAUCGCUAUCACCGAGGAGCCCGAGGAAGAGACCAUGGAGGAGACCAAGGAAGAGAAGAAGGAAAAGAAGAAGGCUGAGAAGAAGGCCGAAAAGAAGACCGAUAAGAAGGAUGAGGCCAAGGACAAGGAAGAGAAGGCAGUUCUCUCAGCGAAAGUUGAUGCUCCACAAGAGGUCAAGACCACCGAAACCACCGUGUCUCUUGAUAUGCCUAUCAGCCUCCCUGAAGUCCCGUCCGCUGCUGAGACGGAAGCAAUGAUUGCCCAGGCCAAGGAAAUGGUUGAAGACGCCAUCAAGGCCCAAGCCGGCGCUGCUGUCGAGUCAGAGUCUGUCAAGGUCACAAAGAAGCGCAAGCCCGAGGAAGACGAUGAGGAAACCUCAGCCGAGUCCACCCAGCGGACUAAGAAAGCCAAGGUGCUUGAAAACAAGCUCCGGGAAGAGCGGGUUCGCAACCGCUCCAUCUUUGGUGUUUCCGUCGCCUUUGCCCUUGCUGCUUCGAUUCCCUACUUCCUUUAA